AAAAAUGUAAUAAAAAGCGUUCACGGGCUUGUUCACGUUUCCUUGUGCAAUAAUUCUUGUCGCAUUUAUCUCGCAGCUGUAUUUAGAGCGCCUAUAGUGUAGUGUAAAAUAGUUCAAGCCACAACGGUGCACAAAUAGAAACCGUCCAUAAUCGAUCUAGAACUAGAAAAUAGCUUCAUAGCAGAAAGAGACAGAGAGGCGUUAUUCUCCAGUGCUACCAUACUGGAAUUUGGUUGAAUACCUGUAGUGUCCUAUACGCGGAACUAGAUAAACUAUUAUCACACUCCCACCUGGAUUGCCACACAAUAAUAUGCGCAGCCGGACGGAAAUGGUAACCACAACCCUGGACGGUUCCGACUUUGAUGAGGAAACCGACUUUGAAGACUCCGAGGAAGACUGGCGACCGGAAAAAGGUGGUCCAAAAGCGUUGAAGCGUAAAACGCGCGAUAUACUGACCGGAACGGUCGGUGGGAAGCGUGGUGGUCGUAGCAAAGGAGGCCGGCGGGGCCGUAAACCAGCAGCAAAAAGUCGAGGUCCCGGAAGAAGACGAAAGUUUGAUGAGGACUAUGAUGACGAUGAGGACGAUGACGAGGAUGAUGACGACGAUCGUUUCGAUAGUGCCGGUAGCGGUAGUUCCACUCCGCCGGUUCCCAAACGUGGACGAAAGUCUUCAACAACGCCACAGCGAGCGUACGGUCGGAAGAGCGAGAACAAAACACCACCGUCCACUUCGAAAGGAGCGUUAGGACAGAUAAAGCUAAGUCCCAACUCGUCGGUGUCGGGAUUAGAUUGUUCCGGUGCGGAACAUUCGGUUAAACCGAUUCAACGAAAGGUGGCCAACUUGUCUGGGAGCUUUCCGGACAAAAGUGGCUACCUGAAGUUGUUCGCUUCUCGGGCAGAUCUGGAGGAAGGCAUACGGGAUAAUCUGAAGGUGUGUCUGUGGCGCCGAGAUGGAUCGAGCUUGUUGCAGAAAUACUUUCGCGAUAAAUCAGUCGAUGCCAGCACACCACAGUUCACAUCCUCCAUGGUGUACUCCUGCUGGGAAGAUAAACGGGCUGAUGAGUAUAUGGAGGUUAAGGUGCGCUGUGUCGAGCAGUCGAAACAGUUGCGCGUACAAAUAAUUGAUGUGGAAGCAACCGAGUGCCGAGCGAAGGAAGAGUACCAGAAGUACAUCGAGAAGUAUGGUAAAUCGAUCGAAGAUCAUGAUACCGAUCGGUCGAACGGGGAUCGAUCCGGUUCGGCUUCGUCGGGUGCGAAAAAAACACACGACGGCAGCAACAAUGGCGACAAUGAUGAUCACGAAGAAGCGGAUGAAGAAGACUACGAUGAAGAGCAUGACGAUGAGGAGAUGAUGCUGCAGGGCGCGAAGGGCAGCGAUGAUCCAUCGCAAGAAGAAUGAACCCAAGCGGUAAUUGGCAUUGGGAUCGGUGCUAAUAAUCUCCAGCAUGGUUCCUCCUUGGCGUGAUAGAUGUUAAGAUCAUCAGCGCAUAUUAAUUUAUAACACCUUCCGUACUCGUUCUAAUGCAUCUAAGCUCCACCUUCUAUGUGCUGAAGAAUGCGGAGCCGAUGCCGAUAAGUGGCUACAAUUAUUCGCAAAAAUUACUUGCGAACAAUCUGCGUUAGACAUUAUGUACUAAGCAAUCAACAAAUCGUAUUCUACUAAACUAUUAGCACACACACUUUUAGCAUAAAUAAGCAUAGCGGCGGAUACUCGUGUAAAUGUUCACAUUUUAAAUGUUAAUGUUUAUGUAACCGUACUUGACUGAGUAGCAUGAGAAUCGUAAAUAAUUCUAAUUAACUCCCCCGUUACAUCUGGUCCAGGGUGGCUCUUGCAAUAAGCUAGCGGCUAGCGGGUGAGGUGAAAAGUACGCCGUACCGUUUGCCAAAAUCUUGAUCAAAACAUGAGGCAAAAACACGCCCGCUUAAUGGUAAGAUGAUCAAGAACGAAAAAGGGAGACCUGGGUUCGUACUUUUCAAACAUAAGCAAGAAAUUAUCAUAAUAAAAAAACGAUUCAUUGUUUUAAAUGGAACUA